AUGGAGUCGCUACAGAUGCAGUGGGUGGAGUGUCCACUGCUGGACGCUGCUGGUGUCGUUCUUCAUCCACCGUCCGGCAGCGACGACGACGAUGACGGUGACGACCCAAUCGAUCUUCUGAACCGGCGUGAGGGGCACUGCUCCGCAGUGGUGUACCCGGUAACAUCUAUCGACGUGCCCGCGGCAUCGUCGCGCGAGUCGUGGGUGCUCGUGUGCGGUGGGUACUCCAAUGGUAGCGUCUCGGCAACUCCGCUCGUGGCACGCACUACCCUCCUACCUGCGCUUCAGUGGGUUCGGCUGCCCCCAGUGGACGCGCUCGAGUGUGACGGUGCCACGCUGACCACGGUCGGGUCGGCAGUUGGCGUUGAGGCGAUGCCGACUACGGCGUCAGCUUCUUCGGCACUGUCCGGCGUCUGCACUACAGCGGCUCCUGCCGCCUACCUGUUUGGCGGGUUGGACGCAGAUAUGAACCGACGCAACACGUUGUACGCCGUCACCCUGCACAUCGAUGCAGAUGCGACACCUGUGAUGGUACAGGUGGCCGAGGUGCAGUGCACCGGCACGCCGCCCGAGGCUCGCGUGCGGCACGGUGCUGGCGGACACGCUGGCUGCCUCUAUAUUUUUGGAGGCGAAACAGACACCCAGGAGCAGUCCAGUGACCUGUACGUGUGCGACGUGCAAGCGGGAGUAUGGCGAGUCCUCGCCUCACCGUCGCCGCUGCUGUCUCCGGCGCCGCGACUGCUGUCGCUCAGUCUUCUGUUUAUGACACCCACAAUGUUUGUACUCUACGGCGGCGCACAUUUUGUGAAUGGUGACUUGCGCAGCUUUGCCGACGUGUGGAGCUUUGACCUCGCCACGGAGACCUGGUCGGUAGUGGUGCCUCCAGAAGCGGAUGAUAGUACACCCGGGUCGGAGUGGCGCGCUGAUGCCCCGCAACGCGUCUUGCCUCCAUCAAACGGCCACGCCGGUUGUGUGUUUGCGCUGCGGCCAUCAGGGAGCGCAACGUACGUGUGCGCCGCUUUUCUCGGAGGCAAGAACACAUCAGAGGGCGAUGAUGCCGUCAAGCUCGUCUGCUUCCGCCCCCAGACGAAAACGAUAGAGGUUUGUGCACGCUCUGCGACGCCUGUGGCAGUAAGCAGGAAGCUACCUCACUGGCGCUACACCCCGGCUGUGGUGAGCACAGAAAAGGGUCUGUUGCUGCUUGCUGGCCAGUGCCGUCAUCCACAGACACCGUCGGCAUUUCUUCUCACCGUGUCCAUCGGCGGUGUUGGAGGGGAGUGA